AUGAGCGUGUAUAUGAGCCGCCUCUUCCCCAAAUCUAAUUCAAGCUUCUUCCUCCAAAGCGGGAACGCCCUCAAAGCCAAAGCUGUGCGCCUCAGAGAGGACACCUACCUCAUCGACGCCGGCGUCGGCCGCCCUAGGACCGCCUUGCCAAACGAGUUGAUCGAUCCGCCCAAAUCCGCUGGUCCGGCCGCUUUCUCCACCAAGGUCGGCUUCCUCAACCCCACGAGAGGCGAAUCGACUGUGAAAAACUCCCUCCUGCAGCGAUGCUUCGUCGAUUUGGUGACCGGAGAUUCCCGGACGAAGCAGCACGCGGCCGCGAGGUUCGACGACAUGGUAGGGCAGACGGACGCGGCCUGCGGCGGCGAGCAGCCGCUCUUGCUGCCGAGGAGUUUCAGGAAGCAGCGGGCGUGGACGGAGUUGCAGCAUAAGUGGAAGUUCAAUCGGAAGGUGAAGGGUUUCAUAGCCGGCAAAGUGAGGGGAGGCUACUCGGUGGGGAUCGCCGGUUACCUUGCGUUUCUUCCGGCUCGAAAUAUUUAUAAUAGAAGGGCUGACGGCGAUAGGUUCGUGAUUGAGAACUUAUCCCCUAGGAAUCUUGUAGUUACUAAAGUAGGCUGA